AUGGCAUCUGCUGGCUCUUCAGCAGUGACUGAAGGACUGAGUGUCUGUGCAGAUGAUGACAACUGGGAGGCUGGCCGGGCGCGGUGGCUCACGCCUGUAAUCCCAGCACUUUGGGAGGCCGAGACGGGCGGAUCACGAGGUCAGGAGAUCGAGACCCUCCUGGCUAACACAAAGCAACCAGCUAUGCCUUGGGAUCAAAAUCCAGAACAAUCAACUGGAAAUUACAGUGAAGAUGAACAAAACAGAAAGCAGAAAUGGAGAGAAGGAGGAGGAGAAGCAGGCGGAAAGACAGAACGAGAAAAAGAAGAAAAAAAUGAAAAGGAGCUGCAAGAUGAACAGGAAAAAAAAAGGAAAAGGGAAAAUGAGAAACAGAAGCAGUAUCCCGAGAAAAGAUUAGUCAGCAAAUCCCUCAUGGACACUCUCUGGGCAAAGUUUAAGUUAAACAGGUGCCCCACUAUACAAGAGAGUCUAUCACUCUCAUUUGAAUUUGACAUGACACAUAAACAGAUAAGUCAAUGGUUUUGUAAAAGGAGGAAGAAAUAUAAUAAAGAAAUGUCCAAGAGAAAGCAUAAGAGAAAGCAUACGAGAUGGAGGUCUCUGUGUUGCCAAGGCUGGUCUCAAACUCCUGCCCUCAAGUGA